AUGCUGCAAGUUGCAAAUAACAAAUUUACAGCAUUCCAGAUGGCACCACCAAAGCUCAAUUACGGUCUUAAUCUGUCUAAGGCAAAUACAAAAAAUUCAUCCAGCUCUGUAUUCGCCGGCCAGAAACGAAAAAGCUUGUGGGAUGACCCAGAUUCCGAAGACGAAGGCCAAAAGGAUGGCGAGUCAAGCGGCGUCGAGAUCACAACGUUAGGCGGUUUGUCGCCUUCCCCGGAAUCAAACCCUUCGCGAACGACGGAUGAAGCUCCGUUGAAAAAGAAGACAAUAUCGUCGAAGCUCGGAGAUGUGCCAUCCAAACGUGAAUACACCAAUCUUUCCGCUCUUCAUACCAGCAAGAAGCACGCAAACGAAGCCGAGUCCCUCGAUCCAUCAAUAUAUGACUACGAUGGAGUAUACGACUCUUUGCAUGCCCGGUCAAAGUCCAAAAACUCCGAUUUGAAUGGCAAUACAGCAUCGCAGGGACCGAAAUAUAUGACUGCUCUUCUUAAGAGUGCCGACACACGGAAACGAGAUCAGCUACGGGCAAGGGAUAAGCUACUAGCUCGCGAACGAGAGGCUGAGGGGGAUGAAUUUGCGGAUAAAGAUAAGUUUGUGACUGCUGCUUACAAGGCGCAGCAGGAAGAAGUGAAGAGGAUAGAAGCAGAGGAGGCUGAGAAGGAAAAGGAAGAAGCGGAGAAGAGGAAGAAGGGUAUUGGGAUGGUUGGAUUUUACAGGGAUGUGCUUAAGCGGGAUGAGCAGAGACAUGAAGAAGCCGUUAGAUCUGCAGAAGAAGCAGCGAAGAACAAAGCGACGGUGGAGAAUGACGAAGUGGAGCAGGAGAAGACCGCAACACAGAUUGCAGAAGAGCUUAAUGCCAAGGGGGCAAAAAUCGCCGUCAAUGACGAAGGAGAAGUGGUUGAUAAACGGCAGUUGCUUACUGCGGGAUUGAACGUUGUAUCGAAACCCAAACCCGUGGCCGCAGCAGCCAGCGGUUCCCGCGUCAAUGCAGGUGCAAGGCCCCCUGGUCCUGGAUAUGACCGCGGUGGUAUUCGAGCUGCGCGGGAAAUGCAACGAGCCCGACAGACAGAGAUGAUCACUGAACAGCUUGAGGAGAGACUACGGAAAGAGAAGGAGGAGGAGGAAGCUCGACUACGUGAACUGGCCGAGAAGAAUAAGAGCCAGAAAUCGAAGGAAGAGGUGAUGAGUGCAAAGGAGAGAUACCUGGCUCGAAAGAGGGAAAGAGAGAGGCAGAAGGAGAGCAGCGGAUAA